UAAACGGAAAAAGCACCCAUUAGCCAAUGCCUCAUCCACACGACAACAGCCAGCGCAGGCGCAAACGCAACGUAUUUGCGCCGGGGCGCUCGUGUAGAGAAACCGAAUAUUUACUUACAGUGAGCGUUUCGACUCGCACAUUCCACACGACGAAUGCGCCAAUGUUUGUGUCGCGAUCGAAUAGCCUUAUAGCGCCUACAGGCAGGAUAGACUCGGCAGACAUGCUGGAGAUUGUUCGCUGGUGCGAACCGGCAUGAGGCCAGUAAGGCGGGGGCGACAUGAUGGAGCUUGGAGAUGUCGUCGCAGAAAGCGCAUUGCGCAGCGCCUCGUCUUCGUUGUCGUCGGCAUCGCUACGUCGAUCGCGAGAGCCGUUGGCCGAGGAGAAUUGCGUAUCUAACCUGCUCAAGAUGCGACUUGGCGAUGCUGUUGCGCCGGACUCGGCAAGCGGCUGUGACCCUGUCUCGCUCGUCAAGUCGCCUGGCGCAUGGUCCUGGUCUACAGCCGGCGCCAUUCAGCCAUGUGAAGGAAUCGUAGAGCUCGCGUGGUUAUCGAUCGAGAUUGCCUUUUGCUAUGGAAUCGGUUAUCUGCCCCGUAUUGUCCUGAGGAAAAUUCUCAGGCCCCUUGGUAGAAAUUGUAAUUGCGCGCGGGAUUGUCAAGGGCCGGGAUUCGAAAGAAGAUUAUCGCUGGUAUCGGAAGGGCCGGGAUUGUCGUGGACUCAAUGCCUGCGCUUAAGAUGUACGAAUGUGAGAGUGCUUUGCGUCUUGGUAGAUGUAAGAGACAAAGAUCCCUAAAUGGGACGGCUCUUGGAUUUGUGGCCUAUCGUUAUCAUCCACGGCCUCCGGGUCGCAUCAAAUAGUCCGAUAGUGGCGUAACUAUCCCCACG